GGGUGAGGAAAAAUGUAUUGAACUAAUUGUGAAGGAGAUUUAUCGUUGUGUGGAAGGGGGAGUUUCAACCAUCAUAAAAUAUCAAGUUGGAAUUGAAUCCCGUGUAAAUAAAGUAGAGUCAUUGUUGAAGGUUGGAUUAGAUGGUGUUCAUUUUGUUGGAAUAUUUGGGAGAGCUGGUGAAGGAAAGACAACAGUUGCAAGAGCAAUUUUUGACAAGAUUUCUUGUCAGUUUGAAGGGUCUUGUUUCCUCACAAAUGUUAAGGGGGUUUCAAAUAAGCAUGAAACUGAAGGCCUAAAGUAUUUGCAGGAGAAUCUUCUUUUACAAAUCUUAGGGCUCGAACAUGCAGUACUGCAUCUAACAAGUGUAGAUGAAGGAGUGAAAAUGAUAAGAACAAUGCUUCGUUCCAAGAGGGUUUUAAUUGUUCUCGAUGAAGUGGAUGAUGACAAACAAUUGGAAUGCUUAGUUGGAAGGCGUGAUUGGUUUGGCGAUGGCACUAGAAUCAUUACAACUACUAGAAAUGCAGAUUUACUUCAUAGCCACGAUAAGCUAUACUCUGUCCCAGAAUUGGCUAGACAUGAGGCUCUUGAACUUUUUAGCUGGUAUGCCUUUCAGCAAGGCACUCCUAAUAAAGAGUUUGAAAAGCCCUCUUUUUCUGUAGUUAAUUAUGCCAGUGGUCUACCCUUAGUUCUUGAGGUUUUGGGUUCUUUCCUCUACGGACGAGGCACAGAGGAGUGGAAAAGUACAGUAGAAAGACUCGAAGAUACUGGUGGAGACAGAAACGUUGUUAAGCAACUCAGCUUAAGUCUGGAUGGAUUGGACGACGAAGAUAAGAAUAUAUUUCUUCAUAUCGCAUGUUCCUAUAAAGGGAAAAAAGAAAGAUGAUGUGAUAACGACACUGAACAAGUUUGGCUUCAAAUCAGAAAUCUGCAUAAAUUUCCUUGCAAAAAAAUUACUUUUAUACAUUUUAGAAGGAAGGAUUGAGAUGCAUGAUUUGAUAGAACAGAUGGGUCAACAAGUGGCUCAUGAUGUUCAUCAGGACAAGCUACGGAAUCUUUGGCAUGAUACUUACAUAAAUGUUGUUUUUCUAGAAAAUCAGAUUUCAAGAACUACAUUCCCUGUGGCUUCCCAAAAUGAAUCAGCCAAAAAAUGGAAAUAUGAUGCCUUUUUGAGUUUUAGAGGGGUAGAUACCCGUAGAACUUUUACUUCUCAUCUCUACACCUGUUUGGAACAAACUGGAUUUUGCAUAUUUAAAGAUGAUGUUAUGCUUGAAACGGGAGACUGCAUUGCAACAACACUGUUCAAAAGCAUUCAGGAGUCGAGAAUUGCCAUUAUUAUAUUCUCCAAGAACUAUGCUUCAUCCCAUUGGUGCUUGGAUGAACUCACUAAGAUCAUGGAGUGCGUUGACAACAAUGGAACGACAGUCUUUCCGGUCUUCCUCGACAUUGAACCAUCAGAUGUACGCAAGCAAAGAAAUAGUCUUGCUAAUGUGUUUGCCAAACACAAGACUACAUCUGAACUAGAGAAAGUUGGAAAGUGGAAGGAGGCUUUGCGUAAUGUAGCCAAUAUAGCAGGAUGGGAUGUUGCUAAAUCUGCCAACGGGGACUGGGGAGAAUGCAUUAAGUUGAUAGUCAAUCAGGUUUCUCUGAAUAUGAAUGCAACACAAGCAUCAAAAAGAAGGGAAAUCAUAGUUGAAGGUUGAAUUCGAUGGUUUUUUUUUGCUGGGUUACGCGGAUAGGUGGAUUGCCGAAGCUGACUGUUGCUAGAGAUAUUUUUGGCAUGCUCUGGUCAAUUAGAAGGGCCUUGGGAAUUGUUUAUAGAUGAUUUUCUACCAUGGGAUUGCUUUGCUUUGUACAUAAUCCGUGAAGAGCUGUAUUUGAUCUCCUCCACAAAUUUUCAGUUGAUUAAGAACAAACUUUAUGAAACAGUGCAUUGAUGCUACAGGCACACAUGAAACAUAACUGACGAGAAUCAAAGAUUUAAACUGUCUUGCCCUGAUAUAUGGAUGGAACAGUUCAUUUUUGUGCUGCCGUUCUGCUUUUUAGUUUGGCACAAUUCAGUAGCUUUAGCCUAAAUUUUUGUAUUUUUGUUGAAAGGUUCACUUUAAUAUAUGUUGAUUAUUUCAGAACUCAAUAAUCAACUUUUUCUAUAAUCUGAACCCUAUAAAUUCAGCA